CGCCAUGCAGGACGCGCCAGCCGCGCUGCCCACGGAGCCGGGCCCUAGCCCCGUGCCAGCCUUCCUUGGCAAGCUAUGGGCGCUGGUGGGCGACCCGGGCACCGACCACCUGAUCCGCUGGAGCCCGAGCGGGACCAGUUUCCUCGUCAGCGACCAGAGCCGCUUCGCCAAGGAAGUGCUGCCCCAGUACUUCAAGCACAGCAACAUGGCGAGCUUUGUGCGGCAACUCAACAUGUACGGUUUUCGGAAGGUGGUGAGCAUCGAGCAGGGUGGCCUGCUGAGGCCGGAACGGGACCACGUCGAGUUCCAGCACCCGAGCUUCGUGCGCGGCCGAGAGCAAUUACUGGAACGCGUGCGGCGUAAGGUGCCUGCGCUGCGCGGCGACGACGGCCGCUGGCGCCCUGAGGACCUGGGCCGGCUUCUGGGCGAGGUGCAGGCUUUUCGGGGAGUGCAGGAGAGCACCGAGGCGCGGCUGCGGGAGCUCAGGCAGCAGAACGAGAUCUUGUGGAGGGAGGUGGUGACGCUGCGGCAGAGCCACGGUCAGCAGCACCGGGUCAUUGGCAAGCUGAUCCAGUGUCUCUUUGGGCCACUUCAGGCGGGGUCUAGCAGCACAGGAGCUAAGAGAAAGCUGUCCCUGAUGCUGGAUGAGGGGUGCCCAACACCAGCCAAAUUCAACGCCUGCCCCCUACCUGGUGCCCUCCUGCAGGACCCCUACUUUAUCCAGUCGCCUCUCCCAGAGACCACCCUGGGCCUCAGCAGCCCUCACAGGGCCAGGGGCCCCAUCAUCUCUGACAUUCCGGAAGACUCUCCAUCCCCUGAAGGAACCAAGCUUUCUCCCUCCAGUGGUGGCAGGAGGGAGAAGGGCCUGGCACUGCUCAAAGAAGAGCCAGCCAGCCCAGGGGGGGAAGGCGAGGCCGGGCUGGCCCUGGCCCCAAACGAGUGUGACUUCUGCGUGACAGCACCCCCACCACUGCCUGUGGCUGUGGUGCAGGCCAUCCUGGAAGGGAAAGGGAGCCUCAGCCCCGAGGGGCCCAGGAGUGCCCAGCAGCCUGAACCAAGAGGCCCCAGGGAGGUUCCUGACAGGGGGCCUCUGGACCUGGAGAGAGGAGCCCGGAGCCCGGAGAGUCUGUUGCCUCCAAUGCUGCUUCGGGCCCCCCCUGAAAGUGUGGAGCCUGCAGGGCCCCUAGAUGUGCUGGGCACCAGCCUCCAAGGGCGGGAGUGGACUCUCAUGGACUUAGACAUGGAGCUGUCCCUGUUGCAGCCCUUGGUUCCAGAGAAGGGUGAGACUGAGCUGGCGGUCAAGGGGUUAAAUUCUCCAGGGCCAGGGAAGGACUCCAUGCUGGGGGCACCACUCCUGCUGGAUGUCCAAGCCGCUUUGGGAGGCCCAGCCCUCAGCCUGCCAGGAGCUUUAACCAUUUACAGCACCCCUGAGAGCCGCGCCUCCUACCUGGGCCCAGGGGCCAACCCCUCCCCCUGAGAGCCCUCUCCACUCUGAAACCAGCCUGGCUGAGGGGCGGGCUAGCCGGUAGCACGCCCGGCUCGGCUUCCUUGAGCCCCUGCUGGAGGCUGAGUGAAGCCCCUCCUACUUUGGCAGCCCCUCUCCAAUACCGAGCCCUGCAUAA